AUGAUAACGAAAUUCGAAAACGAACACUGCUCUUCGAGACUGAGAGGCAAAAGCAGUUAGCAGUGUUAGCACAAUAUAUUACAUGAAGAACUCGACUUGGAAGUUUUUAUAGCAUUUCAUUAGAUAACCACUCUUAUUUUACAUCAUUAUAAUGGUUUUUUAUUUUGAAAGUACGGUGGCUUCUCCUCCUGUUACUCUGUUCAUGGGUUUGGAUAAAUAUGAAAAUGAGGAUCUUAUCAAAUGGGGAUGGCCAGAAGAUGUAUGGUUUCAUGUUGAUAAAGUUUCGUCGGCCCAUGUAUACUUGCGUUUACCCACUGGUCAAACAAUCGAUGAUAUUCCUUCUGCAGUUAUCGAAGAUGCAGCUCAGUUAGUGAAGGCUAACAGUAUUAUGGGAAAUAAGAUGAAUGAUGUAGAUGUUGUCUACACAAUGUGGUCGAAUUUGAAGAAAACCCCAGCUAUGGAGGUUGGACAAAUAGCUUUUCACAAAGAAAAAGAAGUGAGAAAAAUUAAAGUUGCUAAAAGAAUAAAUGAUAUAGUGAACCGAUUGAAUAAAACAAAAAGAGAGGAAAAAGUGGAUUUUAGGGCAGAAAGAGAAAAAAGAGAUAGACUAGAAAGGGAGGGGAAAAAGCAACUUCUAAGACAAGAACAGGAAAGGAAGAAGGAAAUUGAAAAGAAAAGACAGGAAGAAGCUGAACUAAAAAGUUACAAUACACUGAUGAACAGUGAAACCAUGGCUAAAUAUGAUGAUGGAAAUGAUUCUGAUGAUUUUAUGUGAUCAAUUUAACAAUAAAUCUGAAAAAAAUGUGUAUAUGUCACUCUGUUACAAAUGUUUAUGAGCAAACUAUGAUUUUUUGGGUUUUAUAAUUAAAUAUUGCCAUUA